AUGCAACAUCGCUGGCAGCUGUCCAUGUCGACCUACACCAAACGAGCCUCCAAGGCCUGUGCCUGGUGCCACGCCCGCAAGGUGCGCUGCGACGCCACCACGCUGGGCCGUCCCUGCACGCGCUGUCGCCAGGAUGACCGCAAUUGCGUGAUGCGAAAGAAAAUACAGACCAACCCGACACGCCGACGCGCCCUGCCAGAGCCAGAGGUGGACUCGAUGCCUGUCGCUGUUGGCCACGACAAUGCGCCUGCAGCCACUUCCAGUCCCCAGAACCACGUUCUUUUCUCUUCAUACCCAUUCCUAGAGCUAGACGGCUUUUCGUCGCUGACCCGGGAAGAUGUCGCAUUCUUGAACUCCAAGGGCUGCCUGCAAGUCCCUGCUCCUGUCUAUCUGGAGGAGUUUGUGCGACAGUACUUCCUGCACAUCCAGCCCUGCACGCCGAUAAUCGAUGAAUCGGUAUUCUGGGAUCUCUAUCGCAGUAAAACCAGCGAUCCAUCUGCUGCUAAACUGCCGCUCCUCCUUUUCCAGACAAUCUUGUUUGCAAGCUCUCCUUAUAUUUCGGUUGAGACCGCGCAGCUCUGUGGAUUCGACGACAAGAGGAAUGCGUGGAAUACUCUAUAUCAAAGAGCAAAGUUUCUAUAUCAUUUCCAGAGCGGCGAGGGAGCGCUCGUCCGGGCGCAGGCUGCGCUCCUGUUGACCUUCCAUACCUCUGCGAACCAGCCACAGGCUGCGACUCUCUGGCUCACGCACGCCGUUCACGCAGCAUGCGAAGCGAGUUUUGAUAGCGAGUGCGACGACGAUGACCACGAGACAGUGGAGGCAACCCGCAGUCGGCUGUGGUGGUCAAUCCUCAUCCGGGACAGAAGUCUUUCCCUGGGCCUUCGUCGCCAGCCGCAAGUCUCGUCUUUUGAAUUAAGAAUGCUGAAAGAUCUGCCGAGGGAGGAAUGGUUCGAAGACGAGGUUAACGGUUCUCAUGUAUACGACCCAGGCACCAAACGAAUGCUCUUCGUCGUCUUCCGAAGCCAGUGCCAGCUGGCGCUUCUGCUCACAGAGAUGGUGUCGAUCGUCUUUGGCACCCAUGGCCUUUCUCUGCCCUUUUUAUCUCGCGAGGGAUUUCAGAAUACACUCGGCAUUCUGAACAGGAUCAGGACGUCGUUGCAGCUGUGGAAGCAAGAGUCGCCGCUGUCGCAUACUCGGCACUCUACUGCCCACAGUGCUGUCAUCAAGUUCACCCAGUUGACAAUGAUGUACUAUCAAACAGCUCGGAUGGAGCUUGCUCAUUACGAAGCGCUGUUGAUCGAACGGCACCGGGACUACGUCGGCGGUGAUUAUACGAAGCACCUUUUAUACACUGGAAAUAUGCUUCACGAUGCGACAACUCGACUAGUCGCGCUGCUCGAGUAUUUUAGUAAUAAGGGCAAGGUUCAGAUCCUGCCUCUCACAAUCGUCGGAUACAUGUCGAUGCCACUCAUUCUCAGCGCAAUCAACUUCAAGCUGUCGUCGACAGAUAAAGAGCAGCGAUCUCGCCGUCUGCCCCUGGAGUGUCUUUGGGAGUUGAUGUCACAUUCACGCCGAGUGUACGACGUGACUGAUUUCAUCAGCACCCAAACCGACGACAUUCUGCGUCUGGCAUACCUAACAUCGCAACAAGUCUUCCUCGACGAAAGCCCUGAGAGGUCUUCGAGUGCGAGUGACUUCCGAACACAAACGCCAGGCGACUGCGCAAGAAAUGAUAUGCAACUAGGAAAGGGCCGGGUCAAGAACUGGCACGACGCCUUCCUGCGACAUACGCGAGCAUACCUCUUGAUAGCCACCACCGUCGACUAUUUCAUGUCUGUUGGCCGACUACCAUCCAACAAUGCUUUGCCGGAGUUGGUCUGCAUCAUCCCUCCACUGGGAAAGGUUCGACUGCCCUGGUUGUCACAGGCGCGCGCCUCUCGCAUCAAGGCCAGGCCGAGACAGAUUCCCGCUGCAAGAGAGGAAGAGAGCGAGGAAUCAUUGAGUCCUGAGGCUGUAACAACAUCGACUGUCGCCAUACCAAGUACUGAAACUGUAAGCAAUCCGGCCAUACAUACAGCUCACGAGUCCAUUACGCAUUUGGGCCUCUGCGACGACGAUGCCAGCGACAGUUCAAGUUACGACUACGACCAGAGCUCACUCUCGCAAGUCAACCUGGAUUAUCUGGAUUUGAAUAUUCCAGUGAAUCAAUCCCCUCUAGUAGAACAGGGCGAUACGCUGGGAUGGGAUCACUCUCCGCAGUCGAGUUCGACUGUGCCGAUGGAACGUCCCCUGGCGACAUCAGAUCUCUGGCAUAUGACGGACAUGAAUGCGUCCUAUGAUACUUAUCUUCACGGAUUGGUGGAGGACUGCCUUGGAUCUACCACGUUUAUGUGUUCAUGA